AUGGCAAGUCUUACUGGUAAGGUGGAGAAGGAAGUUGAAAUCGAUGCUCUUGCUGAGAAGUUCUACAAGCUCUGGAAGUCUGAAUUCUUUCAUGUCUGCACUACCUCACCUUCCAACAUUCAGGGUGUUGAGGUUCAUGAAGGUGACUGGGAGACCGGCGACUCCAUCAAAAUACGGAAGUACACCAUGGAAGGGAGAGCUCAGACUUUCAAGGAGAAAGUUGAAGCAGAUGAUGAGUAUAUGACAGUAACUUUCCAUGGCAUUGAAAGAGAUCUCUACAAGAACUUCAAGUUCUUGAAACCCAUCUAUAAAGUUGCACCAAAACAGUGGGACAGCGGCAGCGUUACGACAGUGAGCAUCAAAUACGAGAAACGAAACAAGGACGUUCCUGAUCCAGUUGCCUAUGUCGAUUUCAUGGCCAGCGUGAGCAGAGACGUUGCUUCUCAUAUUAUGAAGACAUAA